AAAAAACUGACAGUGUCAGUGGUAUUAAGAUUCCUCCUUUUCAUGUUCAUGCUCACAAGGUCCUCUGCUUGCAAUGCAUGGACAAUGUCUGCUGCUCUGAGACUUAUCAGAAGAAUGCUGACCAAAAAGAUAACUCUAGCAGCCUUCGUGCUCUUCAUCUCAACAUGUCAAUGUUCAACAGCAAAUGAUUCCCCAUUCUCACUCACUAACAAGGCCACUGGUUUUUGUUUGCUGAAAAAAUCAACCCGCUGCCUCGAUGUGCGCUGGACUACUGGUGAUCGGCUUUUUGUUACCUCAACCAGAAAGUGCCUGGGAGCGCAGGGAAAAAGUCUGGGGAGUGAAGUAAGCCUCUAUGAUUGUGACGACAAGAGUGACCUCCAAAAGUGGGAAUGCAGGAAUGAAACACUGCUUGCCCUCCAGGGCCAACAGCUCUACAUUGAAGUCAAACCUGACGAAUCAAUCACGCUCUCCAGAACUGUCGGGCCAAAUAACCACUUCACAAUCACAGGGACAUCCAGCGGUGCAUGCACGAGAACAUACAGAGAACUUUAUACCAUUGACGGAAAUGCAUUUGGUAAGACCUGCAUGUUUCCCUUCCUGUACAAAGACCGGUGGUUUGGAGACUGCACUACGUACGACUCCUCAACGAAGCGUCUUUGGUGUGCGGUUGGAACAAAGUAUGAACAUGAACAGUGGGGAUACUGCCCGACUACUUCCACACAACACUGGGGGAAAAACCUUGUAACAGGAGCGUAUUACCAGCUCAACACACAGUCAGUUCUGACUUGGUCUCAGGCUGAAGUCAGCUGCAAACAGCAGGGUGCCUCCUUGGUCAGUAUCAGCGAUCCCAAUGAGCAGGCUUUUAUCUCAGCACUAUUGGGAUCAGGGAAACACAAACUUUGGAUUGGGCUGGUCCUGGACCCAGAACAUGGCUGGCAGUGGUCUGAUUCAAAGCCCUUCCGUUAUCUGAGAUGGGAUACAGGAAAUCCACUUCCUAAUCCGGGACACAACUGUGCACUUCUUGACUCUGCUGGGCAGCAGUCUUGGCAAAGUUCAUCCUGCGCCAAGAAAAUGGGCUACAUCUGCUACAAAGACGGGGCUCCGCCAACUCCUCCACAAAUUGAGCAAGGAUUUUGUUCAAACCCUUGGAUUCCCUACAAUGGCCACUGCUUCCACCUUCACCGUUCUCCUCAAACAUGGACUGAUGCUCAGAGAGAGUGCCGCAAAGAAGGAGGAGACCUAGUCAGCAUCCGCAAUGUGGAGGACCAAAGCUUUGUCCUCUCUCAACUUGGAUACGCAUCCACUGAUGAGCUUUGGAUUGGACUGAAUGACAAAAGAACAGAGGGGCUGUUUGACUGGAUUGACCACUCUACUGUCAGUUUCAUCAGCUGGGAAUUUGGGGAACCUGCUGUCUCCACUGAUGGAGAGGACUGUGUUCUAAUCAGGGGAGAGAAUGGGAACUGGGCGGAUCGCUCGUGUGAUGAGAAACAUGGCUUUAUCUGUAUGAAGCAGAGUACCACUGAACGCACCACAGAUGAAGUAGAUGUGGACAUAGGCUGCAAAGCUGGUUGGAAAAGACAUGGCUCCUACUGCUACUUUGUAGGAACAGAGACAAAGACGUUUGAUGAAGCUAAAGAUGACUGCAAGACCUCAGACUCCUACUUAGCUGAUGUUUCAAAUGGGGUGGAUAAUGCAUUUCUUGUCAGCUUGGUGGGGUUGAGACCAGAGAAAUACUUCUGGCUGGGCCUCUCAAAUCAGAAAAACAUUGAUGAAUUUGUGUGGACCAACACAGACUCAGUGAAAUUUACUCACUGGAAUGCUGAAAUGCCAGGUUACAAACAGGGCUGCGUUGCCAUGACAACCGGGAUUUUGGCUGGACUCUGGGAUCUGCUGCCUUGCAACAAUACGGAGAAAUACAUCUGCAAACACCUGGCAGAGGGGGCAGUUGUCACCGUUGAACCACCAACUCAAACUCCUCCCAAAUGUGAGGACGGUUGGACUCGAGUGGGGACAAGAAACGUCUGUGCUAAGUUUUUUACAGGACCUCGAUCAAAUGAGAAGACCUGGUAUGAGGCCAGGGAUUACUGCAGGGCCAUUGGAGGAGACCUGCUCAGCAUCCACAGCUCUGCUGAGCUACUUUUGAAACGACAUGGAAAAGCCUGGAUUGGACUUCAUCUUCCUGACCCAAACACUGGUUAUGCAUGGAGUGAUGGAUCCCCGCUAAACUUCCAGCACUGGCAGGAAGGAGAGCCAAACAAUCACAAUAAUGACGAAUCUUGUGCUGAAUUCAGAAUGCAUAACUGGGAUGAGGACGGGUCUUGGAACGAUGUGAACUGUGAGAGUUACAAUGACUGGCUGUGUCAGAUCCGCGCAGGAGUGGCUCCAAAACCACCUCCAAAUGAUACUACAGUGGACUAUAACACCACUUCAGAUGGUUGGCUUGAGUGGAGAGGGAAUCAGUAUUUUAUUAACAGAUACUCACUGUCCAUGGAUGAUGCUCGUCACUUCUGUCAGCAGAGGCAUGGUGACAUGGUAUCUAUCAACAGUAGAGAUGAAAAUAUCUUCUUAUGGAAACAGAUUUCCAGAAGCUAUGGGUCCUAUUAUUUAGGUUUGUCAGUGGAUCUUGAUGGGUCAUUUUGGUGGAUGGAUGGUUCUCCGGUGGGGUUCCAAAGAUGGGAUGAAAAUCAACCAAAUUCUAAUAGAUUUGAUGACAACUGUGUUACUAUGACAUAUUAUAUGGGCUUCUGGCAUACUUGUAAUUGUGGCCAAGAGCACCAGUUCAUUUGUAAACGAGGAAGCUCACCACCUGUCAACACCACUGUAGCCCCAACAGUUCCUCCUAAAGGUGGCUGCCCACUCAAGUGGUCCAAAUUUGACUCAAAGUGUUACAGUAUCAUUAGUAACCGGGGGGCCACCUGGGAAGAAGCAAGGAGACAGUGCAUUGCCAUGGGUGGUAAUUUAGUCUCGAUUCCCUCAAGGCGUGUGCAAGCAUUUUUGAUCACCAAAAUGGCCGACGCAGCAACUGCAGACCUUUGGAUUGGUUUAAAUAGUUUAAAACAAGAUGGAUUUUACUGGACUGAUGGAAAAACAAGGCGAUACACCAACUGGGGCUAUACUAAACAUCAACGUCGUCCGGGGACCUUUUAUCAAAGUUGGAAUGAGGAAGACUGUGUUGUGAUGACCGGCAGUCCUACCCUUGGCAUCGGUAAAUGGGUGAUGAAGUCCUGCAAUGACACCAAUGGAUUUGUCUGUCUUCGAAAACUUGACCCAAAUAGCCAUCCUCAACCAGAGCCAACAAUUCCUAACAUUUAUGUAUCUUUGGGAAAUGACAGCAUCAAGGUUGUGACUAAAAAUCUGACCUGGGAAGAUGCCAAGACCCACUGUGAAGGUGAUAAAGCCAACCUAGCUAGCCUGCGAAAUGAGUGGACACAGGCUUAUGUCGAGCUGCUGGCUAUGAAUCUCAAAGCUCCUGUUUGGAUUGGACUGAACAAACAGCAGAGCGGUUAUUUUAAGUUUGUUGAUGGCUGGCACCUGAGCUUUGCCUCCUGGGCUGAAGGUGAACCAACGAGGGACCGACCUUGUGUGUACCUGGAUGUGGAUGGAAAAUGGAGGACUGCUUUCUGCAAUCAGACCAUGAACAGUGUUUGCAUGCAGUCUAUAGAUAUGCCACCAACAGAGUCAACCAACUUCCCCGGAAUUUGCCCUGAAGAGACGAAUGUGGAGUACCACCAGAGUUAUUCCUGGCUGCCUUUUAAGGGUCAUUGUUAUUUGUUUGUCACAGAGGAAAUUGAAUGGGCAGAUGCAGCUAGUAGCUGUGUAAGGCAUGGUGGAAUCCUGGCUAGCAUUGAAGAUCCUUCUGAGCAACAAUUCAUCAAAGACAAUAUUGAAAUAUUUCAAGAUAGCCAGAACUCUUUCUGGAUCGGCCUGUAUAAAACUCAUAAAGGGACAUGGAUGUGGUUGGAUAAAACAGUAAUGGACUAUACCAACUGGGCUCCAGAUGAGCCUGAUAGUGACUAUGGAGAGAUCACAACCUCAGAUGGGACUUGGAGGUCAGGUCGCAGAUGGCACGACAGAGCAUACAUCUGUGAAACACCCAAAGUGAUACCCAUAGAUCCAGGAUCAAAACCUGAGCCUCAUGGAGGUCAGGAUCCUCGCAGUCGUGUCCACACGAGUUUGGUAGUGGUGCUAAUCAUUACUAUCAUUUCUACGCUGAUAGCCGUUGCAUUCUUCCUCUACAAGAAGUCUCCUCGUCCCUUACCCACCUUUGACAAUCCACUUUACUUUGACAGUGAACGCUCUCAGCCUGAUGUGGUCGAUACCAAUAAACUGAUAGAGAAUGUAGAGGUAGAAAACCCUGAGCCUAUUAUAACUCUGUGAAGUAGCAGAAUCUAGUGGGACAUACACUUUACUGUACUGUAUCCCAGACUGAUGUAUGUAAACUUUGAUGCUUCAUUUGUGUUUUUGCUUUGUUGUUUUUUUAACUAUAAACAGUAUAUAUUCAGUUAUUUAACAAUAUGUCACUAAGUGUGAGUUUCAAUGGAGUUGGCAAUGUCUGACCUCGUGGAACAUAACAAUUUAGGCUCUAGGAUGUCUCAAUGGGAAUGAUUGGUAUUUGAUUUUUUUCCUUUUAUCUAUGAUUGAAUGUAUAUAAUUGUUACAUGUUAUGCUUAUGCUCACUAGAUGCUGUUCAUUGCUUGUACUCUUGAAAUGUGUAAAAAAUCUCACUGCUUGUCACUGUUAAAUGAAAAUUAAAGUUGGCACUAAACAAUAAAUGUUCAUUUACUGAGUUA